UAAAAAAAAAAAUAUUUUUUUCCCAGAAGAUAAUAGAAGAAUGACCGUAACAUGAUGUCAUUCUAUAGCAACGGUAUAGAUACGUUCGGUAACACAGGCAAUCUUCGUAUCCCUUUUGGUACAGGAUUCGCCAACACAUUGGCAACACAACACACUUCCAACAACUUAUUUUCAGAGCCAAUUGAGCAUCCCAGUCGUAACCCUUUUGGUACAUCAAAUAAUAAGAGUUUACUUGAAUUGAUGCAAGAACAGAAAUUGAAAGGACAGCAAAGCUCUUUUUAAAUAAUAAAAUAAAAAUAUUAAGGGCGAAACCAAUCAAAAUGAUUAUUUUGAUAUUUUUAAUAUAUACACACACAAGCAUACACACACACACACACACACACAAAAGCAAGUUUACAUCGUCACUCUUACAUGUAAGUUCUUAUCUCAAAAGUAUAAAUUCUA